AUGGCUGAAUUCGAGCAAUGGGCCACGUCCCAGGACGGAAUUGACAAACUCAGACUCAUCAAAGCAAACCUCCCAAAACCAGGUCCGAAUGAAGUUCUGGUGAAAAUUCACACAGUAGCGCUUAAUUACCGAGAUGUUGAGGUGACCAAAGGUGAAUAUACACACCAUAAGCAAGGCGGCGAUAUCCCCUCCGACCUCGUCCCUUGCUCAGACAUGUGCGGCACCAUAAUUGAAGUCGGUGAGGGAGUCAGCACCCAACGAACCAACGAACAAGUCGGUCUCACAAGGGGAGACCGCGUGAUCUCAACUUUCAAUCAAGCCCAUUUGACGGGCCAAGUAACUGGCAAGGAACUCGCUACGGGUCUCGGUCUGCCGUUACCUGGUGUUCUUGCAGAGUAUAGAGUAUUUCCUGCUUAUGGACUUGUAAAGGUACCUGAUUACCUUUCCGAUGAGCAGGCGGCUUUGUUCCCUAUUGCAGGGUUGACGGCUUGGAUGUCGUUGUAUGGUUUGAGACCGGUCAAGGAAUGGGAUUGUGUCUUGUUGCAGGGGACUGGUGGUGUGUCUAUUGCUGGGUUGAAGAUUGCAAAGGCUAGCGGAUGCAAAGUCAUAAUCACAUCCUCAGACGACCAAAAACUAGCCCGCGCCAAACAAAUCGGCGCAGACUACACAAUCAACUACCGCAAAACACCCGACUGGGAAAAAGAAGUCUUGAAAUACACCAGCGACCACGGCGCGGACAUUAUUCUCGAAAUAGGAGGCAGCAAGACCCUCCGUAGGAGCUUUGAUUGUAUUGCAUGGGGUGGCUUGAUUGCUUCUAUCGGGUAUCUGAGCGGUAAGCAGGAUGAUCAAGUGCAGGAUUUAUUGAAUAUCAAUGUCCUUGCGCUUCGGAAGAAUGUUACUUUGAAGGGGAUCUUGAAUGGGCCCAGAGAUCAGUUGGAGGAGUUGUUGGCGUUUGCUGAGAAGAAUAAGAUUACCUUUGUGGUUGAUAAGGUGUUUGAAUGGAAGGAUGCAAAGGAGGCGUUCAAAUAUGUCGAUGCUGGGUCUCAUUUUGGAAAGGUUAUUAUCAAAGUUGACCAAACUGCUUGAUUGGCAAGAGUGAUUCGUUUAGCUAUGCCUUGUGCAUAGUCCAUACUCUAGUCAUAUACAGGUAGAAAUACCCGAGAAAGCAUCAAACAUGCAAGUAGCAAACAGUUUACAGGAACCACCUAAAUUCCUCCGUCUUAGGCCCAUCCCAUAAACGCUCCGUCGGCACAUCACGAGCAUCAAUCUUCCUCCCAGCCCUGCGAUUACGACGCACAUUAUCAAACCACAUAUAAACCCCCAAACAAGCAGUAAUCAGGGCACCGGCACCCCCAAAAGAAGCCACCGUGACCAGUGCAGGCAUAUAUUUAGGCGCAUCCUGGGAUCGAAACACAUUACUCGAUACAAGACCCAUGAGGUUCGCAAGCGGGACACCGAUACUGGUCAACAAGACACGUUGUCCUUCAUCAGCGAUGUUGUUGUUGUACCAUGUACUCAAUAGCACGGAAGGCGCUGAAGUGCCCCAUGUCAUCAUGAAGCAUGCAUAGUAGGCAAGAUGGAUCUGAGCCACGACGUCGUUGAUGGCAGCGUAGAUGACAAAUCCGACUAGAGUGAAAAUGAACCCUAACACGAUGAACGGCGAUCGGAGACGGGUGGCAUCAGAUGAGAAUGCGAGUACGAGCAACAUCACGGCACCGGUCACGUUGGGCGCGACGGUGUACAGGUUUGUCUUGACGGUGGAAUAGCCAAGGCGAGCGACGAUUUGCGGUAGAAACAGUGCGACACCUUGCAAGGGGACACCGAGGCAGAUUUCAAUAGCUAGGAAUGCAUAGCUGGUCGGCCUCUGGAGGAUACGGAGCGCGCGACGGAGGUUAAAUUCUUCAUUGACCACAGCCGAAGAGUCGACCUGAAUCCGAUAAAAGGCGAGUUGUUUCUCCUCCUCGUUCAAAAACCGUGCCUGCUGGGGGCUUGCCGGGAGAUAGAAAAACGCAAAUGCGGAGAAGCAAACGGUGAAUGCG